AUGGAAACAGAUGGUUUUGAGUUGCUCAAGGAGAACUGCCCACUGUUGCAGUCAGAGCUUUUGAAGACAGUUGCAGGAACUGAGGAGGAACUCAGUGGAGGCGGAAAGAGUCGAAGCGUUUGGGCCCAGUUUUCUGAUGGUGGGGAUACAACUGAUAGGCGUAGACAUAACUGGGAAGAUGUAGGAGAGAGAGGUCAAAGCCUCUGGGUCCAGUCUUCUGAUGGUGGUGAUGCAAGAGGUAUGAGUCCUGGGCAAGAAGGUUGA